ACGAGGAGGGGAGCGUCACUUCCGGUAACAACAUACACGGCAACCUCAAGAGCUCCAGCAGGGAACUUCCACCUUUGGCCGCUCGCGGUUUGGGGCGGGGACACGAGCGCUUCGCCAGGGCUUCGCAUCUCCCCAGACCCUCCUUGUCAAGCUUGGGCACUGACUGGCACAGCACUCGUCGCGGCGGCGGUUGGGACUCAAUUUCGGACAGGCUUGCAGAUGGGUCAAGGGCUGUGGAGAGUAGCCAGGAACCAACAGUUACAACACCAGGGAUAUGCAGGACAAAGUUAUCUUUCUAGAGAGCAUGGUAGAAGGAUAGCCGCUAAUAAUGUUUCAAACACAAAUCAUCGGAAGCAUGCCCAAGGAGGCAUUGACAUUUACCAUCUGCUAAAAGCUCGGAAAUCAAAAGAACAAGAAGGGUUCAUCAACCUGGAAAUGUUGCCUCCUGAGCUUAGCUUUACCAUUUUGUCAUACCUGAACGCAACAGACCUCUGCCUAGCUUCAUGUGUCUGGCAGGAUCUCGCUAAUGAUGAGCUACUGUGGCAAGGAUUGUGCAAAUCCACUUGGGGUCACUGUUCCAUAUACAAUAAGAAUCCACCUCUUGGAUUUUCUUUUAGAAAACUGUAUAUGCAGUUGGAUGAAGGCAGUCUUACUUUUAAUGCGAAUCCUGAGGAGGGAGUAAACUACUUCAUGUCCAAGGGAAUACUGGAUGAUUCACCAAAGGAAAUAGCAAGGUUUAUCUUCUGUACAAGAACACUCAAUUGGAAGAAACUGAGGAUCUAUCUUGAUGAAAGGCGAGAUGUAUUAGAUGACCUUGUGACACUACAUAACUUCAGAAAUCAGUUCUUGCCAAAUGCACUAAGAGAGUUUUUCAAACACAUUCAUGCCCCAGAGGAGCGUGGCGAAUAUCUUGAAACUCUUAUUACAAAGUUCUCGCACAGAUUUUGUGCUUGCAAUCCUGAUUUGAUGAGAGAUCUUGGCCUUAGCCCAGAUGCUGUCUAUGUCCUAUGCUACUCAUUGAUCCUGCUUUCCAUUGAUCUUACCAGCCCUCAUGUGAAGAAUAAAAUGUCUAAGAGAGAAUUUAUCCGAAAUACUCGCCGUGCUGCUCAGAACAUUAGCGAAGAUUUUGUUGGACACCUUUAUGACAAUAUCUACCUUAUAGGCCACGUUGCUGCCUAAAAAGCACACUUUGCUUGGACUUACAGUUUAUUGCUUAAAAGAAAUUAGUUCCCCACAGAGUUCUCUUUUUUGUAGAUAUGGGGGUUAUAUUAGUGCUGGUCAUUCUAACCUCUUUCUGCAAUCAAAAUGUAUGCAGAUAACUUUUUUAGCAACUUACCAUGGGAACUAAGGAAAUUUUUGCAGAUUUUUUAAAUAAGAAAUUUGCUUACAGUUUGCACAAAAUAUUACCAUUAGUCUGACACAUUACUUUAUCCAAACAUUAAAGUGACAUUUUGAUUUUCAACUGACAAGAUGGAGGACUUGUGCAAUAGAUUUGCUUGAAAACUUUAACCUGUUCUUUCAUUUUUUUAAAAAAAAAAUACCAUGUAAUGUGUACAUAUUUAACUAAAGAGAUUUAUAACCAUAAUUAUUUUAUUGUAAAAUAUUUUAACUAAAGUUUUCCUUGUUUCUCUCUA